AUGGAUCACGUGAAGUGCGAUGAUCAUGGGCAUGUCAUUGCACUCUUCGUCAUAAGGUGCGCCCUCGUCGGCCCCCUGCCCACUGCUCUCCUCGCAUUGUCCCAUCUCAAGGAUCUGGAAUUGGAGUAUUGCAAUCAACUCCCUCACUCGCUCCCCGAUUCCCUAGGCGGACUGUCCUCUCCCAUGGGCCUCAGCACCGCCUCUCACGGCAAUCUCAAAGAUUCCGUUCCGCAAGAGCUGGGCAAUCUGCAGCAGCUCACCCGCCUGUAUUUGUCGAGCAACAAUCUACUGGAGUCACUACCAGAGCAGCUCUCCCAGCUGCACAACCUCCAGUCUCUGCACGUGUCGAAUCAUGAUCAUCUGUCUGGGGAGCUGCCUGCGUGGAUCUUCAGCCUCACAGACUUGACUUCACUGACUAUCCAGCGCAACAACUUUUCAGGCUCCAUUCCAGAGGCAAUCAGCAGCCUCAAGCAGCUAAGGGAGUUAGUCCUCGAGGAGGGAGAGCUGUCAGGGUCCAUCCCCGAGGCAAUAGGAGCGCUCACCAACCUGCACAAUCUGCAAUUGCACUGCAACAGGCUGAGUGGCACCAUUCCCGCCUUCAUUACCUACCUCUCUGGACUCACCACCCUGAAACUUCGGAGCAACAGCAGUCUCUCAGGCUCCAUUCCAGAGGCAAUCAGCAGCCUCAAGCAGCUAAGGGAGUUAAGCCUCUUUGACAACGGUCUCUCGGGCUCCAUUCCGGACGCAAUCAGCACCCUGCAGCUGCUGCAGGAGUUGGACCUCCACUGCAACAGCCUGAGUGGCACCAUUCCAGCCUGCAUCACCCACCUCACCGCACUCACCAGCCUGAUGAUCAACGCCAAUCACCUUGCAGGGACGAUACCUGCUGCAAUCACCACGCUCACUAAUCUCGAAAUCCUCCACCUUGAGAACAACCAGCUUACGGGAGAGCUGCCCUCCUUCCUCCACAUAGCCCGCCUCACUUCGCAAAACGGACUGUCUGCAGACCACAACUACUUCACAUCCACAGCAGACCCUCUCCCUUUCAACGCUACCAGCCUAGACAGCCCUUCAGAAUCUCACAGCCUGUGUCUGUUCGACCACAACUGCCUUGAAAACGACGCAAUCUCCUGCGCUAGUUGGCAGAACCAGAGGUAUGGCAGCGAGUGCCGGGCGUUCUGCGGGGCGCAGCCACUCACCCCGCCGUGCAGCGGCCAUGGCGUGUGCUCCCUUGUGCCUGACCCCUCGUACGACCUGUCUGCCUGUGAGGAUGAGCAUGAGCUGCCGCCACCCUACUGUGCACGUGAACCUGAGGGCCAGUGCGACUGUGAUGAGGGGUACACGCCAGGGACUGCUGCUGGCACGUGCGUCCCUCAUGGUAUGCCGUCUGCUGCCUCAAGUUGUCCCGGCUGCUAA